UAUAACUCUAUCUACAACCCAACACCGUAGGAUAGAAUGCUUUACGAUCAUCAUGCUUUGCUCGCCAUAUGAUCAAUUUAUAAAGACAUAAAUAUGCUUGAUUCCUUCAAUCGUCCCAACCGGAUUGGCUACUCCUACAGAUACAUUCCCAAUAACCUAUAUCUAAGCGUUGUUAAGCCACCAUUUAGCGGAUUGUCCAAGACACUGAUGAGUCCAGUCUACCUUCCAUGGCUGUUUGGUCUCGAGACUCCUCAUUGCUCAAGGCUCAUGGCCAGCUACCCGAUGACUUCCAUAGUCAUGAUAAUUAUAAUCGUACCACAUAGUGGCGGUGUCAUCCCAAACAACUUACAGAUGUAUCGCUUUCAAUGCGCCCGGCAGAGUGGAUUCGACCGGUGCUAAUGAUAAAGACCCAAAGGCGGCUUCAAUCUAAGAAGCCCAGUUCGUCAGACAUCACGCUCUCCAGCGUUGGCUGGCGCCGCUGGCUUACUCCACACACAGGCGGCCAAGCCAGCAUUUGAGCUCGCAGCUUCUCUGCACGAGCGAGUGCGCUCGAAAUUUCCCUGGA